GUCUGUAAAUCCCGCACAAGGACGAGCAGUUCGGGAAGAUAGUUGUUACUCUGGUCUGGUGGCCAUCGCUCCGAGGUGUUGCUCUUGACCAAGGUCCCGCGCCGCUUCCCAAUAUUACUCUGUUUCCGCGGCUUGGAUAACAAUCAAACUCGACACAACCUCACAAAAACUGCACUUGAAACAAAAUGUCGCUUCCCACUGCCAUCGUAUCUUGGCUCAAGCUGGUCCGCGUGUUCAAUGUUCCCAUUGUAUUGGCUGCCAUGUUUGCUGGCGCUUUGGUCGCAUCUGAGCACCUUACUCCACUUCAGUACAUGCUGUUAUCAUUCUUUGCUUUGAUUUCAACUGCUGCCGUUCAAUCAUUCAAUGAUUACGAGGAUCGACAUGCAGAUGCCGUCAACGCCAAGUUCCGCCCAAUUCCAUCUGGCCUGUUUACUGCCGACUCCGUUCUCUUGAACGGGUACGUUUGUGCAUCCCUGUCGUGCCUACUGUCAGCACCAAUCUCCCUUGAAGCUUCUAUUACCAUGAUGGCUAUGAUGCUACUUACUCGAUGGUACUCCGCCCUCAAGAAGUACUCUCUCAUUCAUCAUCUCAUGCUGCCAGCAGCUUUAGGGCUCACGUCGUUGUACGGAGCUUUGCUUGUGAGUCCAUCAGCCGGAGCUUCUCUGGCCGCAUUUGGAAGCCUCCCCACAACAAUCUACUACGUUGCAGUUUCAAUCUUCCUCAUUGACAUCAAUAUGAACAUUGUUGGAGCUUUCAAAGAUCUCUUUGAAGGUUCUGAAGAGGAAUUCGUCCUCCCUGUCAUCUUCGGGAAGCGCCCUGCAAUUAUUGUGUCGGGCGUCCUUGGCACCAUCGGUAUCCUGAUGCAAGGCAUUCCCGUGUUUACUACGGAGGACGUUACCAAAGAACCUCUUUUGCCCUUGACACUUGGGUUAGUAGUCCACUGCUACAGUCGUAUCAAGCUCUACCUGAAUCCAACCGCAGAACAGGGCUACAAGGCACUCAAAGCCGGUCGUGCAGUUGAAGUACUUUGCUUCCCAGCAAUGAUGUUUGGUGCUCGGCCACCUGCAGAAGCCACCUUGAUUUUGGUUCUACUGGUUGGAUCUGCUCUAGUCCUCCAAGCUUACAUCAAAGAAGCUGAGCUCCCGACUACAGAAAAGCCAGCAAGCACUUCCGUUACUAGAGAGGGUGAGUGUCUGUCUGAUUCCUCCAUCAGGACUGCUGCCUCGGAUGAGGAAGGACAGUAUCCCCUCUUGGACCUUCUCUAUGAACACCCAUGCCAAGCGGAGCUUUUCACCGUUGGUGUUUGCGUCUUGAUCACCCUGUUUGCUUUCUUCAUGGCUCCAACUAACAGUGGCUGCUUGUGGAUUCGACUCUACAUUCCACUUUUCUGUUGUGCCGUCGGAGUUGUUAGCGUCAUCCAUGCUUCUCAGCAGCAACAUUUGUCCGGUCUGCUAAAGAAUGAUUGGGCCUACAUUCAACGAUACAUGUUUGUUAUUUUUCUGGCACUUACCCUCGAUGUACUCAUCCACUACGCAUUCACCACGGAAUUCGAUACCAUUGCUCUGUCCAACUGGGCUGCCUUGAUUGCUUCUGCUUCGGUGAUUGUACCCAUAGGCUCAAUAUGGGCCGGUUACGUCAACCCCGAAUACCUGCAAAUCAAUGUGGUUACUGGAGUCUGCAUUCUGGUUCUUCAAGUGUUCCAAGCAGUGGUAUCCGUUUUGGGUGCUCAGUCCUGGCAGGAAGUGGUGGUACUAUUGCUGGCCCGACGAGUUUUGAUUGUCAUUGUGGUUCAUGUCAUCUCGGGAAUCUCAUACAGUAAUGAAGCUGCCUCCAUGCUCCGGAACUGCAGGACCUUAGAAUAUGUGGCUCAUCACGCCGUGGCCACCGGGCGGGACGUGAUUCUGGACACGCCUCAAUGCAUCGUUAUUGGUGGAACGUUGCUCAAGACACCAAUCCUUGGUGGAGAAAACAUGAUGAGUGGCAAAGCCAGUUGGAUGCGUGUUGUGGACAAGAUCAUCUUGACGGAGCAAAUCUUGGCUUGUUCGUCUCCCACCAUUCUGUGCCACUCUCCGACGGCCAUUUGUCACUUGAGUUUCAUGUACGAAAUGUUCCAGUCGCACGACAUCCACCUCAACCCUGAACUACAGGAUCCCUCCCUUUGCCUGAGCAAGGUGACUCACUUUUUGCAACGGCGCUAUUCCAAGUUUGCAUCUACAUCCACCCUGGUUGACGGUGCUGUGGUGGAUGAAGGAACCCAUCUGCUCCAAACCAAAUUGGCAAUGGACGUUUAACUAGACUUUUGAGGGAUAUGACUUGAUAUCAUUCAUGUCAGAAAGAAAACGCCUGUCAUUCUUGUGAUAGGGGAUAGAUUGUAGAUAUUACCGUUGAGAUACAUGCAAUGGUAUAAAGUAAAAUGCAGUAACGAGGA